AUACUGUCUAAUCACAUAUUUUUCUGGGAUUCUGAAAAAACCGAUAACCGAAGCAAAAUAAACCAAACCAAAUCAGUAUGCAGAGACAUAUGUCAGAGGCUAGUACUAUAUAUGCUGCAUAUGCAAUCAUUGUUUGCUGCUUUAUAACCACUGUUCUGCUGCCCAAAGCAUCAUGCUGUCCCCUACCAGUAGACUGUCAAGAUAUCAUGAUGGCUGUGAGCCCCACAAGCGGUGUCUACACGAUUUAUCCACCAGGAACAGGAGGGUUUAAUGUGUAUUGUGACAUGACUACGGCUGGGGGUGGAUGGACGGUUUUUCAAAGGCGAAAAAUCGGAAAUGUUGGAUUUAACAGAUUUUGGCGAGAGUACCAGUAUGGAUUUGGUGAUACUGAAGGAGACUACUGGAUUGGAAACCAGAGAAUUCAUCAGCUAACAUCUCAGGGAUGGUAUGAGAUGAGAGUGGACAUGUCUGAUUUUGACAACGAAAGCCGAUUUGCCUACUACCGAAUUUUCUCUGUCGGAAACAAAAAAUCUGGUUAUAAGCUGACAAUCGGCGAAUACGAAGGAAAUGCAGGAGAUUCGAUGGAAACCCACAAUGGACAAUCAUUUUAUGCAAGAGACAAAGAUAACAAUGAAUGUUCAAAAAAAUUUAAAGGUGGCUGGUGGUAUAAUAAGUGCCAUAAAGCCAACCUCAAUGGGCUGUACCUGAAUGGAAGUCAUUCGUCCUCUGCUGAUGGCGUGAAUUGGUUUGAUUGGCAUGGAUAUCAUUACUCACUCAAAACAACAGAAAUGAAAAUCAGAAGACAGUAGACUUAGUUAUGGUUAUUAAGUUUACAGUCUGUAUUUUAAGCUUGUUUAGCUACAGAAUCAAGCAUUGAGUCUUUUUUAUAAAUAAUAUCCAAACUUGAUGCCGGUUAAACACUCAUUCAUCAAACAUUCAUUGGAACUCCCUAUAAAAAACAUAAAAAAGAUGGAAUUCAACUUACUUUCAUUUAUGUGUUAUUUUUGCCAAAGUUUCAAUGCAAAAAGCACCAUAUGCAUUGAGAUUUGUCACUUUUAAG